ACAGAGGAAGAAAAAGAAAAAGAUACAUCCCUGAAGAUGACCCAAGAGCUCAGUGAAGAGAACGAAAUGCUUCAGCAGAGACUUGAAGAUGCUGAAGAUAGAUGUGACCAGCUUAUUCAACUCAAAAAUUUUCUAGGACACCGAAUAUUGCCCCCAAUUGCAUCCUUGAAAAUGUUACCUGGACUUGCUUCACAGACAUCCACAAGCAAAGAUGAAGACAUACAGGACAGAAUAGACAGUAUUCUAAAUAAAGAAUUUGAAAAUGUUAUUGAUGAUUCUCAAAGGAAAGGGACCAAAGACACUGCACUAAGGUGGGAAUCAUCUGUGACACACGCAGCCCAAGCUGAAGUGGCUGAACAUACGGCUAGAGAUAGCACAGAGUUGAAGUCAGAGGAGACUGCCCAGAAAGGCCCACAGCCACCGGGGACCUCUGAUUCAACUCAGGCUAAGUCAGUAGCUAAAGAGAGCAAACGUGAAGCAAGCACCAUAGCAGAGCCCAUCAAGAUGACCCAAUCUGAGAUCACCUCUGAGCCAUACAAAACAGAAAUGAAAGGAAAAAAACACAUACCAGGAACUGCUACAAGCAAAGCAGGAAAACCUGAAGAGAAAGAGCUAUUACUCCGUACCAAACCACCUGAUAAGACAGUUAAGAGCCUUACACAGAUUUCAGAAAGUUCUGAUGACAAAAGUCAACAAAGCAACCUAGAAGCAUUUCAAAGAGCCAUAUUGGCUUUCAUAAAAGAGAAAACUAACAACAUAGGAAAGACUUUUGAUCCAAAGAGUGUGCUGAAGGAGGAGGAAUCAUUAAAAAGAGAAGAAGUUGAAAAAUUAAACACCAUAAGGGAAAAAAUGGAGGAAUAUUUCCAAAGAGUGGCUGAUACUGUGACUAAAAUCUUGAGGAUGUACAAAGAUAUAAGAAACGAAGGACAAAGUAGAGAGAAAGCUAUGAAGCAACAAAAGGUAACCGUAUUUACACAAUUGCACUUUGAGAAGUCACUGAUGAGAACAAAAUCUGAGAUUGCCUCCUUUCUCUUAAAUGAGAUCACAGACCCACUAAUGAGGAGUUUAAUACAAGCACUCUUAGAUGAAAUAGAGAGUGAAAAAGAAAUUGCCACAGCCUUAAAAGUAGGGAAGAGGCAAGAGGACCAUUUGCAGGAAGGCCAAGACAGAAUGUCUGGCUAUGAGAAAAGAACGCUGUGUCAGACCAAGGAAGAAAAGCAAGAACAACAGAUGCACAAACCGUGGCAAGAGGAGGAGAAGGCAUGGAGCAAACAGGAAAAACAGAGACUUCAAAAGCAAUGGGAAAGAGAAAGAGAAGAUCAGGAGGAGCCCAGGCAGCAGGUGGACGGGCUACGGAUGGGGCAGGCUCAAGACCUGAAGAUGAGAGAAGAGAUUAACAAGGAGAAGCAGACGCUAAUAGGAGAGAUAGAGGAGGCUGACAAGCUGGCGUGGAGCAAAGCAAAGCAUCCAGUGCAGACUGAAAUAAAACCUGAAGAAGAUCUAUCAAGAAUGUUCACCCAAACUGCAAUGAUAUUAGCUCCCAG